AUGCUUCUGAAAUCUGAUUCUAUAGAAGAUAGAAGAAGUCAAAUAGAAUUACAAAAACCUUCUAGUAUUGUAGAGAAUAGUAUCACUUUAUCUCUAAGAAGAAGACCUCAUUAAAGAGUGAAUACAAAUAAAUAAGAUGGAGAAGAUUCUUAUGGUAGUUAUAAUUUGGAUCAUCAUGAAAGAAGUUUAUAGAAAAUAGAUAGCACUCCGAGAGAAUCACCUCUAUAAAAUAAAUAAAUCUAAAAAGCUUCUAUAUUUACAAAAGCAGCAUAAAAACGAUAAUAAUAAGGUUAAUCUCAUAUUCCAGAGGUUUAAACAUUGGAAAAUUUAUAAAGAAAACAAUAAGAUUUGCAGGAUUCUUAAUAAAAUCUUGAAGAACUUAGAAAUGUGAUUGCAAAACAUAUAUUUAUAAAUAAAUGGUAUUAAGGUCCAUCUUAUGAACGAGCAAAUGAUAAUUUUUUUAUAAGGGAUGACAAAAUAAUCAUCAUAGAAGAUGAUAGCAGUGUAGAUAAUUAAGAGGGGUUAAAAAAGCCAGAAGAAAUAUUAAAUAAACUUGUUUAAUCUCAUAUUAAUCCAACCAAUUAUGUUCUAUAAAAGAAUGAAACUUUAGACAAAGUGAAAGAGGAAGGAGAUAGAUAAUAAAAAUUAAAGAAAGAAACUGAAACAAAAAAGCUUAUCAAAAAUUCAGAUGUUAGAAUGACUAUAUAUCCUGCUUAUGAUAACUUUUUUAAAAAAUAAUAAUGA